GGACAAUUUGCUCUGAAAUAUUUCCUUUUUGCAGAGCGAAUGUGUGUUAAAAAUGGUUUUCUUGAUGUUCACUGUUUUGCUGAGGCUCAGCAAUUUGUUCGGAAUAUCAUGGAAAAUAGGUAUUUCAAGGAAUUCAAGGAUAGUAUUUAUUAUUCGAAACAUUGCUUGGACGUGAUUAGCAGUGGAGCACUGACAAUGCACGAUAUCAUGCUCUGCCAGCCACUUCUUUGCGCAUUCGUUGAGUAUAUGGAAAAUGAAGGAGAAAGAAAACUAAUUGAAUUUAUCAUAUCUGCGGAAAGUUUUGCUGAACAACUGCCACAGACGCAAAACGAUGAACUGGCUGUUGAAGAUGCGAUGAUUAUCUACAAUAGAUAUUUUUCAAUGCAAGCCACAGAACCGUUGAAUUUCGGGGCUAAAACACGCAUUCAAAUAGAAAGUGAUAUUUGUACUGGAAAUGGUAGGCCUGCAGCGGGUUGCUUCGAAGCGGCACGACUAAUGGCACUGCAUCUCCUGGAACAGAAUUACUUGAAACGCUUCUCAGCAUCACCGGAGUUUGUCAAAUAUUUGCAAAAAUUGAUGGCUCAGGUGGAAAGCAAUGUUGAACUACCGAAUCCGAACACCAGAAAACGAAAUUUCGCCGGUAGUUCGGAUCAUUCAUCCGAUACAAGCUUUUCGUGGUCGAUCUUUGAGAAGCCGGCAUUUCGAAGUCCGGCACACUCCAAAGCAUCAGUUUCGGUAGCGCUGCUACCGAUGGGUAGCGAAGAAGAUGAAUCCGCUUCACAGCCAGACAGUCUCAGUUCAUGUGGCACAAAUACUCCACGAAGCGCUCGAUCCAGAGCGAAUGUUUCGCUGGCGACCGUGGAUGACAUGGGACGCUACCGGCCAAUGUAUGAUAAUAGUUAUAGCGUCACAGAAAGUGCCGGAAACACUAGACGAAAGCUCAAAGACAAGCUCGACAAAUAUCUUCGUUUCUCCUCAAAAAAGGUGCGUUUGGCGAGAAAUAAUAUUUAG